UCCAAGAAAAAACUGGGAUCAAAUAGAACCCUGAAUUCUCGGUAAUUUUACCCUUUUCUAAGUGAAUACACCGAGAUUUUUAUUUCAGUGCAUAAAGUAUAGGCGCAAUAACAUUGAAAGGAAAUGAUUUUACAAUAAGCGCGACGAGGGAGCGAAGGGGGAUUUUUUAACGAAGGGGGAUCUCCUACUCGCCAUGAUGAAAUUUUAAAAUUUUGUGAGUUAUUAUAUCUACCUAGAACAAUUUUAUUAAAAUGAGCAUUAUUAAAUAAACGUGAUAUGAGAAAAAUAGGUUGUAAAGGAAUAACCAUUCGACGACCUCGAAACGUUGACUUAACUGCCUCUGCUGUUAAUGCCUGCUGUGAGUAAUUCUCCCGCCAACCUGAGGAAUGAGGGUGUCUAUUUAACAGCAGGGAAAUAAUAACACGACUUUUUGAUAUCGUCACAUUAUUUUGACAUUCAGGAAAUUAAUUCAAAACAUGUCAUUUUGGUGAUUCUGUCUCCUUCCAUUGCUGAGCUACGCAAGAUGCAACGCUUCUAAAAAUCGACAUGGUCACACCAUACUCAUGCGGUGCAAUUGCAGUCAUCGCACUCAUCGCAAGCAUUGAAAUCCGGAAAUCGGACAGGGCAUUUGAAAAUAUGGCUCUCUUGUGCGAUAUUUUCAUUCACUGUGUUAACAGUGUUGAUAUUUCUUCACAUUAAACCACAAUUGAUUCUUGCAUUUGUCAGAAUUUGCGAUUUAUCCUUUGUUACCUUUGUAAAAUUCUGCGAGAAACACGAUGGUGCCAAUGGCUUUCUCUGAAAUCAACUCCAUAGCUCAAAAAAAGCUCUCAAAGUUGAGGCCGCAAUGAAGGGUAUAUCCCACGCUACCCUAAGAGUCUACCUCUACAGCGGAUUCCAAGCGGUCGUGCUAUAGGGAUGAACGUCUUACGAGUUCUGAAUUUUCAAAAUUGCCUCCUUUAAAUAUUAAUUUUGGAGGGAAGUUUAAAUAUUUCUCUUUGGAAGUUUUCAGAAGUACCAGCUUAAUUGGAUCGCAUUUUUCAAAAAGGAGCCACGAGUUUCCAAUAUCGCUAAGAUUGAGCAACUUUUUUACCUUGCAAGUAUAAACUGAUCCCCUAAACAGAUUUUAUCUUCACGUUCAAUAAACUAUAAUUUAUUGUAAAACGAAAACUACCCCGUAAAUUUAAUUUUUUGCGAGAUUUCAGUAGUUUAAUUGCAGAGAAUGUAAGCUAGGAGCACAAUCUUAGCAACAUCGGAUUGCUAUUGCUUCCUUUUUGCGAAAUGCAAUCCAAGUAGACCGUGCGCAAAAACCUUAAAAAAUCGAAGAGAGGGGCCUGCAAGUAUUCGAGAAAUUUCGUAUUUAGUCAAAAGAAAAUCGAAGAAUAAGUUUAACUUUUAGAUAGAGCUCUGUGAAUCCAGGAUGUUUAUUUCACUAAAAUUUUACAUACAGUUCACUAACGCGUUUUCGUUUUUCAUCCAUCCUCACACUUCAGUGUACCUACUUCCUACUAACACAUAAGAGGACUUACGAAUGUAGUGAAAUUAUCUGGAAAAGAAACUUUUUUUUGCGUAUGUGUGAGGGUGAGGGUAUGUAAAUGUCGUAAUGUAGGCUAGGUGGUUUUAAAAACUGGGUAAUUAAAAAAAUUUAAAAAUGUAUCAAUAUACAGGUUUAUUUCGGCAACAGUGGAAAUACUCUUAUUGACAAGUGCUGCUACAUAUAAUCUCUAAGAUUUACUUCAUUUUAUCUCUUAAUUUAUACAGAGGAGAAUGCGCGUGAGACAGACGGCCUGCGGGCUUCGUUAAUCGCUUGAUACGUGAUCGUUCACCUUUCAUAGUCCGUAAUCGACCUCGCCUUGCAUUAUAUCUCACUGUGCGCUUCAUAUAAGUGCAUUUCCAAAUAUGUUUCAAAUAAUGUAAUUUUUUUUAAAAAUUGAGUAGUGAUUCGCGUGUUAAAAAAAGUCUUGAUUCUGUGAGGAUAGUGAGGACAGGCGAAAACCGGGAGAGCGUCAGCGAAAAAUUGUGUUGAGUGAUCAUUCGGACACUAUUCGAGAAAAUAUUUGACUUCAGAAGGACACUAAACGAAAGGAAUAUGCAAUCUCAAAACAUUCAGCAUAUCAAGGAGUGUUUUGUAAAACCACAGUAUGUCACGGAGGAGUCAAAGCAACCGUACUAUCUAAUGCCCUUCGAGUUAUCCAUGCUUUCUUGGCACUACAUCCAAAAAGGUCUUCUCUUCGAAACACCGCCACAGGUUAACCGAGCAAACUUCAUGAACGAUCUCUUGGAUAGACUCAAGUAUUCCCUUUCCCUCACUCUCGUUCAGUACUAUCCUCUUGCCGGCCGCCUAGUGACAGAGAAACAAGAAAAUGACUCUUCCUACCUGAUUUUCGUCGAUUGCAUCAACAGCCCCGGCGCUAAAUUCAUUCAUGCAAAAAUCGACAUGACAACAUCUGAUAUUCUUUCUACAAGGUAUAAUCCGCUGAUUGUUCGAUCAUUCUUCGAUCAUAAGACAUCCGUCAGCUUUGAUGGUCGCACAAAACCUCUAGUUUCUAUCCAAGUCACCGAAUUUAAGGAUGGUGUCUUCAUUGGCUGCUCAAUGAGCCACGCCAUCACUGAUGGAACCAUCUACUGGCGUUUCUGGAACACACUGUCCAAUAUAUUUCAAACGGAUGAAAGUAAAAAAAUUGAACGUCCUCCUGUAAACCUGAAAAGGUGGUUCUCAGAGGGACGCGGUCCUUUAGUUGACUUCCCAGUCACUUUUCAAGAUGAGUUCAUCACCAACGUCGAUGUGCCCGAAGGUCAUGUAACAAGAAAAUUCCACUUCUCGGCAGACUCGGUCGCGAAACUUAAAGCGAAAGCAAAUUCUGAAUGCAAUACCACAGUGAUAUCAUCAUUUCAAUCCUUAAUCGCGCAUUUAUGGAGAUCCAUAACGAAGGCAAGGCGCCUGCCUAGCGAUCGGAUAGUUUCAUGUAACCCAGCUGUAAAUGUCAGACCCAGAAUGAUUCCUCCUUUACCUGCAGAUUGUUUCGGAUGCAUGACUGGAGCAGCCACUGCUCGAACCACAGCUGGCGAACUCCUCGAAAAAAGUCUCGGAUGGGCGGCUUGGCAGCUACACCAAGCGAUUGUGAGCUACACGGAUACAUCGGUGCGGGAAUUUACGGAUGAAUGGCUUCGGACGCCAUCUAUCGUCGAUAUUACUAAAUUAUUCGCUCCUAAUGCGAUGAAUAUCGGUGGCUCGUCGAGGUUCGAUAUGUAUGGGAAUGAGUUCGGGAUGGGUAAAGCGCUGACGAUCCUCAGUGGAACUGCGCUCAAGUUUGACGGGUCCAUUGAGACGUUUCCUGGACGCGAGGGUGGAGGAUGUGUGGAUUUUGGGGUGUGCCUCGGAGCUUCUACGAUGGAAGCUCUGGAAUCUGACGAGGAGUUUAUGGCAUUCACUUCUUGACCGCUUCAAAGAGUAAGCGCAUCCAUUAUGAGGGGAAACGAAUUAGCAAGAAGCGGUGAAGUUGAUUUCAGAGAAAAAACAGUGGCAUUAUCGUGUUUUUCGGAAAAUUUUUCAUAGAUGCCAGUGUUUAAUUCGCAAAUUCCUGACACAUGCAAGAGCUUUCUUGGCUCUGUAUCGCCGUAAGGUCAAUGGGAGACCCUUUCGCUCCUCACGAAAGUGGAUUAAACUGCAUGUAUCUUGUGAUCAACUUGCCGGUGAAAACACAGACGACAUGUUCUUCUCUUGUUUAUCAUUGUGUUCAGGAUUAUCCAUAAUUUAACAAAAAUACCAACAUGUCAAUUGCAAGUAUGGGGAAGUGACGUGAAAAUGAACGGUUUUUUUUUCUGGUCCUUCGAGACGCUUUUUCUUAUUGUGAUAAACUUUGAGGGCACGUAAGCUUUCCUUUUUAUGAGGUGAGUUUGAGAGGAACUUCGUCGUAUAUCAAAACCGAGGCGUGACUGAUCAAAUAUCGGUAUUCCUCCAUCAGAUCCUUUGGUAAAGCGGUGUUCGUUGGGAACACCCUGUCUAUCGAUCCUUUUCCAUAGGUUUAAAGACGGAUCAGUCGAAUAAUCGCAAAGCGUGAUCGAUUACCGAUAUUUCCCAUUAGAAACUAUCCGUGCUUGACGGAUAAGCAUGUUGCAUAAGUGAAAAAUGAAGACGCUUCCGCUUUCGUCGUAUCCCCUUCCAACUGUAAAAUGAGCUUUGAAAACCGCGUAUUUACCUUAAAAACAUAAUGAGCUAUACGUUGUUUUUUCAACUCGCUUUUUAGGUAUUUUAGUUUUGUCUUAUGAAGCCUAAUUAUUGUCUAAGAGGUGGGUUGCUAAUGAAAGUAGAAUUUUGAACGAUUCGAACACUGUAAAAACGCCCUCCGCUAACUUAUUUGUCCCUGAAUUAAUGAGAAUUCACCAAUCUAGAUUUCACGUUACCUGAUCUCUGAUCAUAUUUUACUAUUGUUUAUUUUUAUCACAAGAGAACCAAAUAUAUUCAACCGGAAUCAACCUAAGAA